CAAGACGGGCCAAGAGGCUCUCAAGAGGGCCCCAAGACGGUCCGUAGCCAUUUUGACUCAAGCCGUUUUGGCUCAAGCCGUGUUGGCUCGAUGCAAGGCCAACAUCCAUAAUACAUAUCAGGUCGACAGUCCAGGGCCUGCUUUUUCCUUCUUGCAUCUAAUCGGCGCGAUGGUCGGAGAAAGCUUCCCAGUUCUUCCGGCUUGGUUCUUCUACAUUCUGUGGGCGUCGGUCACAUGUUGUCCAUAUCCGAUCGCAGUCCUGACUGUUGUUGGGGGGAAUCCAGGGUUUGAUCGAACAUCAUGCUGACAAGUUCCCCACAGUUGCAAAGUUGAACGCGCCUUUAUCACUGGUGCUGUUGGGAUUCCUUGGCUAUUUGGUGGUACACUCUGUUCGCCAUCAGCACAGCACAGCAUUGGGUUCUUCGGGCCAUCAUCGCCAUCUACUGUGUCCUCGUGGGUGUUACAAAGACUAUGGAGCUUGGAUUCCCGAAGGACAGAGCUGAAGAGCAGAUGUCAUCCCUCAAGGACCCCAGCUACAACUUUUGGCACUUUGGGCUCCACAACUUCUUCACGGCUUUCUUCCUCUUCCUAUCGGCCACUUGCCCAGGCGUCUUUCCGAAAGAUGCAUCGAUUGAUUUUGGCGGGACGGCUCUUGCAGAGGUACGCGAAAAAGACAUUGAGUUUUCUUCGGCACAAAUUGUUGUGUUGCUCGGUGUAUGUCUUAUGUCUUUUGUCGUGGGCAUCGGGGUCGGAGGCCGAUGGUGCCUUCGACGUGACGUCGCACAAGUUGAUGCCACUUCUCUUCUCUUAGCGUGAUAAAGUGCCACGGCUCUCUUCGCGUCAACAGCGCCGAUAGCGCUCAAUAGCGUCAUGCCAGGCAGAUGCAUUAUCUCUGCGUUGCGCGCGAUUGGGCGCGCUGUUGGGCGCCGUGCGGGCGACCGACAUUUUCGUACGCGGCUUUCGAAGGAUGGAAUGUAAUGUUUGCCCUUGCCCGGGAGUAGGAAGAAUCGCAGGCUGCAGCUCUACCAAUGUGCAGAGCAUCUUGGCUAACAAUGCAGCAUUCGCGCAAUCUGUGUCAUGCGGCGGGCAGCGUUGACACAUCUAUCCAGCUGUCUGCGGUAAGCCCGUCACCGCGCCAGGUCAGAAACGCAGCGUGAAGGAGGUUCCUGAAAAAAGAGAGGGCCCCAAGACGGACAUCAGCCAUUUUGGCUCAAACCAUUUUGGCUCAAGCCGUUUUGGCAGGAGCAACUGUGCCUCAUGUGGUGAGAACCGGCCUGAGCCGGAAAGCUUGUUCUGCCACCGUGCUGCAAGCAUGGUACUCUAAGAUUCCGAGGAGGACACAGACAAGCAGUGAGAAAUCUGCCCAGUGCCUUUUUUUAUGGGGGUCACAACGUGCAUUUCACGUUUAUGCGAAGUAGCCAUUUGAUCAGGCUGUCGGGGCUUGUUUAUUCUACUCUGGGAUUUGAGCUCUUUCCCACUAUGACGUUCCAGGUAUUGCGUAUCUCCUGUCGCACAUGGCAGUUCCAAGGCGUCUCUCGAUGGGGCUACUUUGCACACUUGCAGCAUCUUUUGGAAAGCCAGCAUUGUAGUCCUGCCAGAAAGUGUUCUUUGUUUUUUCUCACAUUCUGUUCAGCGUGGAUGGUCUCCCCACUCUGGAUGCGUAUAGGGGUGCGCCGCUGUCCGCCUUGAGCCCGAGCAUGGGAGGAUUACUAUAGUUUGGGUUGAGAAGGAGGAGGAGGAGGACAGCGUUUACCGCUCCUACUAAUGCUGCUUUCCUAGAGGCUCCACCUCCUAGGUAGGGUCGCACUGGGAUAAUUGAAUGACGCGCAGCCCAGUGCGCAACCGAUCCAUGUUUGAUGAACUACUGCUUGUCAUGUAUACUCCAUAUCGCAUUCAUAUUUGCAGGCGCGAUGGGGAGUUAGGCGUGAAUGCCCGUGGAACGUUUACCGCGUUCCGUGGGCGUCGGCCCCAGAUCAAUGGCCCAGGCAACGUCGGAGAUUUGUCAUCAUCUCUGGGAGCUAUCAUUGGCAAGCUUGGUGAAAUCGGCUGCUCCUUGAUUUGGUCAAUCCCGUUAACCGACCAUCGAAUCCAUCCAGCGUUAACUAGGCGGCCCACCACUACGAUGCACCACAUUUCCCAAGGCGUCCUUUUUUAGCAGAGGUGAGCCCCACCUUACGAGGCUUGAGGAUUGAACAAGUUGUUCGAUGCAUUGACCAUAUCACACAUCCGCUUUCAAUAACUUCAGUCCUUUCUUGGCAUUCAGUUAACGGCCAGGGGGAAUGUGAUUGGGCUCGGGAUGACAUUCGCGUCGAGUGCAAAAGCGGGCAGCUGGCUUGGGAUAGGUAUUGGUUUCGGUGGACAAUUUCUUUUAGCAGUACCAAGCUACAGUUGUUUGACGAGCUGUUCCUUGACAUGUACGCGCCGUGCGGGAUACACGUAUUCAAGCAUGAUCGCCAUUUUGCGCAUUUGGUUACAAAUUUCAAGUCUACGGCCCACGCAAGCAUUCUGAUUGGAAACAUGCAAUUGGCGCGACUUUCAACAAGUUGUGCAAUUCGGGUUGCGUACAUUUCGCCUACGUGCAUUGGUGAUAUGUUUCUUCUUCAUUCAAAACGCGGAAAGGGGGAGCUCUUGUCCGACAAGCUCGUGAUCGACAGUUUGGUGUUGUCGAACGUGACGAGCGUCGACGUAAGAGCGGCAGGCGGCAAACAUAUGUUCUUAGACGCAUUUUAGGGUCAGACGGCAAGGUCGCGUUCGACGUGCCCGAAGUCCACCGCGUCGCCUCUGUGCCCUUGUCAUAUGCACUGAAUUGGCAUUUAUGCAUGACAUGACUUCAGGUGGGUCCAGGAAAGGGCCCCGAGCCAGCUCAGCAUCGGGCAUACAUUUGUCCGCACAGCAUGGGCACGAGGCUGAUAUGUCGUCUUCCAGUGCUCCACGACUAAUAAUCAGGGUGCGACGAAUGAUAAUGCGUCAUGCGCAUGAUAUUAAUAAUCC